AAUUGACUGUGCCUAGUCGCUGUAGCAGAUCUAUUCUGGGCGGCAUUGUUGCUCCGGCAGCUGAUCUUCUGUUCUGCGGGAUGAAGUGCUAUCAACCCACCUCGACGGCGCCAUUCAAAAUUUCCCAUCCCGAUAUCAAUCUUGCUGACUACUCAACAGAAAACACCCCACUCUUUUCGAGUAUCCCCUUAGUCAUCAUCUCACGUGAAAUUUCAAGAUCCUCUUCGGUACCUCGAGACGAGCGGAAAUCAGCCAGUCCUGUUCGGUACUAGCUCCCUCAGGGCUGCAGCGCACACAUUUUUGGGAAAAAUUCAAGGUCCGCUUUGCCCUCGCGAACUUUUGCGAAACUUUGCACGAAACUCGUCGACCCCCCCAUCGCCGAAUUCUUUCCUCCUUCAACGACAAACUUUCUCCCCACCACCGAAGGAAGAAUUCCAGUCAAGAUGGCUCCCGCUAACCUGCCGUCCAUUUUCAAUGCCACCAGCCAGGACAUCGAGAUGCUCCUGGCGGCCCAGUGCCACCUCGGUUCCAAGAACCUCCAGGUGCACAUGGAGUCCUACCUGUGGAAGACCCGUGUCGAUGGUGUGAACGUCAUCAACGUUGGCAAGACCUGGGAGAAGAUUGUCCUCGCUGCCCGUAUCAUCGCCGCCAUCGAGAACCCCGCCGACAUUUGCGUUAUCUCUGCCCGUCCCUACGGUCAGCGUGCCGUCCUCAAGUUCGCCAGCCACACUGGUGCCUCCCCCAUUGCUGGACGUUUCACCCCCGGUAGCUUCACCAACUACAUCACCCGCUCUUUCAAGGAGCCCCGCCUGAUCAUCGUCACCGACCCUCGCACCGACGCCCAGGCUAUCAAGGAGGCCAGCUACGUCAACAUCCCCGUCAUUGCCCUCUGCGACACCGACUCCCCCACCGAGUACGUCGACGUUGCCAUCCCUACCAACAACAAGGGUCGCCACGCCAUCGGUACCGUCUGGUGGCUCCUUGCCCGUGAGGUCCUCCGCCUCCGUGGCACCAUCUUCAACCGCGAGACCCCCUGGGACGUCAUGGUUGAUCUGUACUUCUACCGUGACCCUGAGGCCGAGGCCGAGGAGAAGGUUGAGGAGGAGAAGCUCCUCACCGGCGCUGAGGAGGAGGCUCCCGUCGCCGUCGAGUCUGCCUUCCCCGCCGCUGGUGGUGACUGGGACGCUCCCGCCCCCGGCUUCGCUGGUGCUAACGCCGCUGCCGGCUGGGACGGUGCUGGUGCUGCCCCUACUCAGGACUGGGCUGCCUCUGGCACCCAGGAGUGGGCCGCUGAGACCGCCAAGGAGAGCCAGUGGUAGGAAAAAUCUGGAGUUGCCGAGGCAGUCGAAGCAGCAUCUGGACAAGGAGAACAAGAAGAAGCAACGGGAGCUUAUUCUUUGGGGUGGUAAUUUUGGCGAUUUGAUCAUCAAAGGGAAUACAAAAAAUGGCGGCGGGUUUUUGGCAAGCUUUUUGUGCAACGGUGGAAGGAUCUCGGAAUUUGGGUCUAAGUGCGCAGCACUGAUGAGGGAAAGAUACUCUUCCUUCUUUCAUCAGAAAGGGAGGAGGAAGAGGGAAAGCCCUGUGCGGCCGCUGGGGUGGACUUGAUCGUUACCUCGCUCAAGGUCCCUGGUUUCUUUGCAGUAGCAUAUAGGAUGCCUUUUUUUAAACAGCCGACCGGUAGUGAAAGAAAAAACGAUUUUAAAGAUAUCCCCC